AUGGACGGCUUUCUACCGCUGGAUGUGAGUAGAUUCACUGAAGCAGAACAGAAACAUGCUCGUGGAAUGAAAUUGCCUUCUAAGCCUCCAAAAAGAGAGAAGUGGGAGUCUGCUAAAGCGGCAGCUUUCGAAGAUCAAAAUAAUUUGGAGAAAUGGAACAGCUUGUUCAAAGCUCUAGAAGAGAAAUAUGAACAGUCCAAAGAUUCCAAGAGUGAAAUAGAGCCUGCAGUGGCCCACUCAUUUAGUCUUCUUCUUCAUCGGUUUCCGUAUAUGUCUGAUUAUUGGAAAAGAUAUCUGAUUCUUCAAUAUAAGGUCAGUGGAAUCAAUGAGUCGCUCAAGGUGCUUGAGACCGCCGUCGAAAAGUAUCCACAGUCUGUAUCGUUGUGGGUGGACUACUUGAAUGCAUCAUUGGCAGUUUAUGAGCAAGAGAAAGAGGGUUCAACAGCCAAAGAAACAGCCAAAGAUGAUGACUCUUCCGAUAAAAAGAAACUCGAUGACCUCAGGCAAAUAUUCGUGCUGGCUUCUAAAGCAAUAGGAUUGAACUUCAACUCGGAUACAUUCUGGAACUUGUAUAUCGACUUUGAAACCAAGUAUGCCAGUCCCGACGAUAAACGCCUUCUCAACCUAUACUUGAGGCUCAUAUCCAUUCCAUUGUACCAAUAUGCCCGGUAUUACAAUCAAUUUUCCGAGAUCAGUAAGAGUUUCAGCGUUGUCGACAUACUUCCAGCAGAAGCUCUCAAAGGAUAUCUAGACCAAUUUCAAAAGGCUCUGGCCGACGAACUUUCCACCGUGGAACAGCAUCAGAUAAUUGAUACGUACGUGUACAAUGUAUUCAGCAACACCCAGAAGAAAGUCAACGAGAAGUGGAGUUACGAAUCGGCGCUUACCUUUCCUGAGUUUUCCCCUACAGAUUUAGAUGCCAUUCUGGCCCAGACUGAAAACUGGAAACAAUACCUCGACUACGAGUGUGGAAUAUUGGACUCCAGCAAAGAAGAUCCUGAGCAGUACGCAUUAGUGGUGAGUGUCUUCGAACGAGCAUUGGUACCCAACUGUUUUGAUGCCUCCAUAUGGCAGAGAUACGCCGAUUUUCUCGAAAAGCACCCAGCUACAAACUUCAAGGCUGACCAGAUCAUUCCAGAUGUGCAAUCUGUCUAUGAGAGAGCUAUCUUGCAAUUUGUUCCUUUAAAGGAAACUGAUAUUCGUGAAAAGUAUGUCCAGUAUCUUAUGAGGAACGAGAAAUUUGACAAAGCCAAUGAGUUUCUCUUGAGUUUGAUCAAAUUGUACUCUGGGUCGUCUGGAGCUUACGUGAAGAAUGCAUACACACACUCGGUCAGAGAACUUCUUCGAUUGUGGAAUGAGAGCUUGCUGGAAUCCCACUUGGCAGAUAUCCUAGAACCAUUGGUGGACGGAUACUUCGAUAGAAUCGACAGGUACAAAAAGCCUGCCGCUAGUGAAACAGAGACUAAAGUUGAUGAGUCAAAGUACGCUUUCAAGGCUUCAUUCAGUACAGCAUUGUCCAAGUCUUUGAAUGCAGAUGGUGUCUGUAUUGUUGCAGUUGCAUACCUUCAGACACUUGCCAAAGAUACCAAAUCUGCCACCAAAAUAAGAACUUUUUACAACAAGUUCUAUAGGAACAGCGCCUUUUCACACUCAGUCCAGUUCUGGAAGUUCUUUGUUGAAUAUGAAGGAUACACCCAUAAGAAUUUAGUCAACUUGAGAGCGGUGGUCAACCAUAUCAAGUCAGCUACAUCACUACCUAAAAGAGCAGUGGACUAUUUCAUUGAUAUUUAUUAUGAGAUAACAUGUGCCAAUCUUGCCAUGGCAACGGCUUUGAGACAAAAUGACGACUAUCUUGAUAUUUUGAUCACCAGAGACAACGAAAAAUCAGAAAACUUGAAGGUGAAUCGAUCGGCUCGUCAGAGAUUGGCAAACAACAAUCACAUGAUACAAGAAUACGAAGAGCUGUCCAAGGGUGGCUUUCAUCUGCCCAACGGAAAGCAAGAUCUCUUAAUGAGCAUGAGACUGAGGCAACUUGGUCAUCCCGGGAUUUUCGUGGAUACGAAGCCAGAGAUCACCAACAGGAUUAUUGACAGUAGUUGGACGUCGCUUCUUGACGACAAGCCAACAAUACCUCCUCUUCCAAAUGCCCGGUUUGUUGAUAAGGCUAGUGCGCCCAUUAACUAUCCAGAUGAAUGA